AUGUUACUCGAGAUAGCAGGAAUUAUACUAGCCAUCGUGGUGUCGUGUUACGCCUGGCUCAAACGGCGCUACCGGUUUUGGAAGGAUCGAAACGUGGAGUAUAUUGUGCCCGAGUUUCCGUUUGGCAAUUUUAAGACACUCGGUAAGGUGGAACACAUCGCACCGAUUACGCAGCGGCACUAUGAACACUUCAAGCGCCUGAACGUCCCCUACGGAGGUGUGUUUAUGUUGACCUCCCCGCUGCUGUACAUCUUCGAUACGAAGCUCAUCAAGACGCUGCUGGUGAAAGACUUCCAGUACUUCCCAAACCGUGGUGUCUACUUCAACGAGCGUGAUGAUCCACUCUCCGCGCACAUGUUCGCGAUCGAGGGUCAAAAGUGGCGUACGCUUCGUGCCAAGCUCUCCCCGACUUUCACCUCCGGUCGCAUCAAGACGACAUUCCCGCUGGUGACCGAAGUGUGUCGUCGAUUCUGUGAUCACCUGCUGGAGGAGGUGCAGCGGUCGAACGAGGUGGAAGUGCACGAUCUCCUAUCGCGCUUCACGAUCGACGUGAUCGGCGCGUGUGCCUUCGGCAUCGAGUGUAACAGCUUCCGGGAGCCGGACAACGAGUUUCGCCGGUACGGAAAGAUCGCGUUCGAUAAGCUACGCCAUUCGCCGCUGGUGGUGUACCUGAUGAAGGCGUUCCGGGCGCACGCGAACGCACUCGGCAUGAAGCAGCUGCACGAUGAUGUGUCGAGCUUCUUCCUGAACGUCGUCAAGGACACGAUCGAGUACCGGGAGCGGGAGAAGAUCGUGCGAAACGAUUUUAUGGAUCUGUUGGUGAAGCUUAAGAACACUGGGCGGUUGGAGGACGGCGGGGAAGAGAUCGGUCGGUUGACCUUCGAAGAAAUUGCCGCCCAGGCGUUCAUAUUCUUUACCGCCGGCUACGACACCUCUUCAACCGCCAUGUCGUACACGCUGUAUGAGUUGGCGUUGAACCAGGCGGCGCAAGAAAAGGCUCGACAGUGUGUCAAGGACACGCUGCAGAAGUACGGUGGGCAGGUUACGUACGAGGCCACUCACGAUAUGCCCUACCUGGAGCAGUGUAUCAGUGAAACACUCCGCAAACAUCCACCGGUAGCGAUUUUGGAGAGAAAUGCGGAUAAGGACUAUCGCCUACCGGACAGUGGGUUGCUGCUACGCCGUGGUCAGAAGAUUAUGGUCCCGAUCUACGCGAUGCACCGCGAUCCGGAACACUUCCCCGAACCGGACGAGUAUCGGCCGGAACGGUUCGAUCCGGAAGAGGUGGCUAAGCGCGACUCUCAUUGCUACCUGCCGUUCGGCGAGGGUCCACGCAUAUGUAUCGGCAUGCGGUUCGGUUCAAUACAGGCGAAGGUGGGCCUGGCUAAUCUGCUGAAUCGCUUCCGGUUCAGCGUUUGUGAUCGAACGCAGAUACCGGUGCAGUACUCGCGGACGAACUUCAUUCUCGGCCCGGCCAAAGGUGUUUGGCUUCGUGCGGAGAUUCUCUAGGAUCGUGGGGAGGAAGUACUGAAAUAAGUUAAGAAGUAGUAAUUAGCAACACGUUUGCAUGUAGUACCGAAUAGUUUCCAAA